UCUGUAACUAAGUUAUAUUCUGUCAAUGAUGGCCUUUUCCGGUUCGCACUGAUGUAAAGCGGUCGUGAACAAUAUUCAAUUUUAGGAAAGUAGCAGUUUGAAUUAAUAAAUAAGGUAAUACAAUAUGGAUGACGAUUGGAGCACUGAGGUCCAAGGGGUAGUUGCGGCCCCAAAAAUUGCCGAACUUCCCGAAAUUAAAUUAUUUGGAAGGUGGAAUUGUGAUGAUGUUCAAGUAUCUGAUAUGUCUCUCCAGGAUUAUAUUGCAGUUAAAGAAAAAAAUGCUAAAUAUUUACCCCACUCUGCGGGUAGAUACGCUGCCAAAAGAUUCCGCAAAGCCCAAUGCCCAAUAGUAGAGAGGUUAACAAAUUCCUUAAUGAUGCAUGGGCGUAAUAAUGGUAAAAAACUAAUGGCAGUAAGGAUAGUAAAACACGCCUUCGAAAUUAUUCAUCUUUUAACUGGGGAAAAUCCACUUCAGAUUUUAGUGUCUGCUAUCAUCAAUUCUGGGCCACGCGAAGAUUCCACACGUAUCGGUAGAGCUGGUACCGUAAGAAGACAGGCUGUUGAUGUAUCACCAUUGAGAAGAGUCAAUCAAGCUAUCUGGUUGCUAUGUACUGGAGCAAGAGAAGCCGCUUUCCGUAACAUCAAAACCAUCGCCGAAUGUUUGGCUGAUGAACUUAUUAAUGCAGCCAAGGGAUCUUCAAAUUCUUAUGCUAUUAAGAAGAAAGAUGAACUUGAACGUGUAGCCAAAUCUAACCGUUAAGUUUAAAAUAUACGUUCUGUAUAAAAUUUACAGAAAUAAACUUUUUAUAUAUUA